CUUUCCCUUAUACCACCCAACGACAUCUUGUCAGAACACCCAUCCAAGAUGUCUGCCCCGUCCACCCGUGGAAGGAAGGCCCGUAAGAACGUCGACACCUCGAAGAAUUCCGCGCCCUCCGCCUCACAAUCCCAGGGUCCUGAGACCAUUCCAACCCCAGCCGCGCCCGCUGCGGACAUCCCUCCUUCGCAAAGUCAGACCAUCCCAGCUACUUCGCAAGCCAGCCGACCUGAACCCACCGACGCACCAGUUGCGCAGCCGACAUUCGGGCUUGGGAGAGGACCAGGCAGGCCAGGGAAGCCUCAAAACACAAUUGCCAAAGGCCUACCCGGUCACGACUCCGAUACAGAGGCCAUCAAAAUAGCAAAGCGUGGGCAGCGUUUCGGGACCGAUACCGAUGCCGCCAAAGACAAGUUCCGAGUCACCUCCAUCCUCAAACCCCCAGGUGCCUUCCAAGACUCUGAGCCCGACAAUGAUGAGUUCGAGACUCCUCGCACACAGGGUCACAGCAAGCGGGGCAUUCCUGAGUUGAGCAGCAUUGAGUUUGAUACCCGCCCGCGAAACAGCCUUCAGCCGAGCGCGCGUAACCUUGAGUACUCCCCGCAUACGCGCCUCCGCCAUAGCCAGCGCGAGACCUCUUCCGUCAGCGAGAGCGACACCGACGAUGACGAGAGCGACGGGCGCCCUGAGGAAUCGGACCAGUUUGCGGAGAAAGUACAAUAUCCUAAGCUCCCACCACCCGCGAUCGGCGACUCGCGACCUCGCAGGUCAUUCGCAAUUACCAACCCCAAUGACGAGGUCACGAUAGCUUUGUCCCCGACCACCUCAAUCACGCUCACAUCGUCGGACCAGCUAUUGGCCGCUGUCUCAGAAGAUCCGCAGUUAUGGUUGGACGUCAUCUCCAAACACUUCAAUACGUCGCAACUUCUUGACAAGGACAUCGACUCCUUCGAAACCGAGUAUAAGACACUGGAGGAACAUUACCUUUAUGAGAAGAAGCGAGCCGACCACCUGGUCGUGGAGCGAGACCUCGCCCGCAACUUGCGGAACGAUGUGUGGGAAGAUGUUGACAUCCUCAAGAAAAAGGUUCAGGAAGCUUCCAUGAAAAAUGUUAGCUAUGAGAGCGAGCUUCAUGUCGCAUCUAAGAAGAUGCGGAAACUCGAGAACAAAUGCGUCCGGAGGUCCAAUCGAAUCGAAAACUACAAGCAGGACAAGGAGAAACUCCAGCAAGAGGUUGAGCGGCUAAACCGUGACAAACGCCACUUGUCUAGGGCUAUCGAUGAAUGGAAAGACAUCGCUGGUCGCAACACUACAGCGGAUCCUGUCUUCUUCCCCGAUCCUGAGUCGUUUGACCGACACACCUCCGGCCGAGCCCCGAGCCGUGCGCGUACCCACGCCCGACGAUCAGUAGGGCAGCGCAGCGCAUCUACACGCUCAGACUCGACAUCCUCUUCCUCCAGCCGAACAUCAGAGUCCGAGGAAGAUGUUCGGCGGGACCCUCCGCCUCCCUCCCGACGCGAGCGACGAACACGCCACACAAGCGAAGCUGCGGCGGAUCGCGUGCGCGCACCUCCCUCUGAUCAUGGAGUCCCACCAGGAUACACCUACGAUGCCCAGCGUGGAGUUAUACCUUUAUAUCCGCAUCUGGCAGGUCGAGACUCCACCGAGCAUGGCAUGCGCCCCAUCGGUGAAGAUCCAUAUAAACGCAAGAUUGACAAGUUCAGCGGCCGCAACGAUAAAUUCGAGCCCUGGCAGAUGGCUGUCAAAACCGCUCUUCGCGCAGCGACACAUUUCAGCGAACGUCAAAAGAUUGACUUCAUCCGUGACCUGUGUACGAAUGACGCGUUUGAUAACAUCGUCGAUCGAGCGGAUCCUGAUAGCCGCCACCCUGAACGGUACUUGACAGCAGAUGAGUUGUGGCAAGAUCUUAACAUGCUCUACAACAGCAAGGACAAAGCCCGCGAGGCUGAUGUUCAGCUCUGGCAGCCGUCUAUGCAUCAAGGAUACAAAGAACCUUACUCCGACUUCAUGAGCCGUUUGAACGCCAUUGCCCGCCAAGCUCGCAUUGACGAUGCAACCCUCAUGAACCAUUUCAAGCGCCUCAUGCGGAGUGACCUUCUCGACAGGAUAGCCUGGCUCGGACAUGAUUUCCGUUCAUGCCGGGAAAUGAACGCCCAUAUCCUUAAGAUCGAAGCCGAGUCAUCCAUCGCACAGACGUUCAAACAGGCGAAACAAUCACCUUUUGAGUCCCGGGAUCGUCGACGAGAGCGAGCAGCACGCAGCAGCAACUCCAGCCUCCCACUCACUUCGCCCGCCCACACCCAAAUGCAGACGCCACCCAGCAAUCAGCGUACAGCAAGUUCGACAACACCGGAGCGAUCAGAUCGCCAGCGCACGGACUUCCGCCAAUGGGAACUUGACCUUAUGAAUCAAUACCAUCGCACGCCUGAACAAUGGAGGAAACUCAAACAGAACAAAGCCUGCGCCAAGUGUGGCUCUACAUCGCAUAAACCUAACGAUGCCAACGCCCCCUGUGCAAAGCUCCCGGUUACACCCGCUACCCAGAUUGCGUUCCUGAAGUCCGCCAGCAUUACUCAGACUCCUCUUGACCCGGUGUACGAAGAGGACGAGGACUCAGAGUACCACACGGAUGAUUCGGAAAACGAGUCGCUCCUGCCGUUUCACAAGCUGAACGCUCGCCUCGCGUCCGCCAUCCUCAAUCACCAUCGAGAGGAACAGCCACUGACAGUCAAAUUUUCAGCAGCAGUUCAGGAGAGUAUUGAGGAUGGCAAGCAGUUUACGUUCAAGGGCAAAGUCAAGACCCCACAACGAGAUAUUCCCGUUAGCAACCUCGUUGACACCGGUGCCACUUAUGAGUUUGUGGACCGCAACUUUGUCCGGCAACACCGUCUCACCACUGUUCCACUGGCCAAAACCGUGUUUCUGGAGUUGGCCAAUGGCAACAGGGAUACGAUAAUCACCCAUAUGGCAGAAGUCAAGUUGUCUCACGGCCGUCACAACAGCAAUUUGAUGUGCUUUGUCACGGACUGCCCUAGUUAUCAAGUUAUCGUGGGGCUCAACUGGCUACAAACCCACGAUCCUACGCUAAACUUCAAUCCCUUCUCCAUGACGUUUAGUUCCGGUCACUGCACCAUGACGUGCCUACGUGGUGGACGUCCCGAAACAAUCUCAGCUAAAGGACCAACCACACCAGACGUUGACAAUGAGGGUCACGUUCGACUAGUCAGCGCGUACGUCGCCUUACGAGCUGCGCGCAGUGACCCAGACAGCGUCGUUUGGGUUUUUCCACACGAAUUCGACCGUGAAAUUCCUGUUGUGGGUGCUGACAUUAAGAGAGAACCAAGCGAGCCCGGAGUUACAAUUUCGCCGGACCCCGAGCCUCCCCCCGGGUUCCUAUCCCACGCCGACCAGGAACUCUUGGUAGAGAGACUAUUCGCAGCCAACCCGGCCGCAAUGACCGAUGAGGACUUCGAUAAGUUUUUCAAAAAAUUACACCAAGAACCGCGCUCGCUCGCCGAGAUCAGAAAGCGUUUGCCAGAACGACUGCAUAAGCACAUUCAGGUGUUCAACCCCAAAGACGCACAGAUAUUGCCCAAACGACGACCCGGCGUCGAUCACUCCAUCGAACUCGAUGGCACGGGCCCGCCUAAACGUCGCGUUUAUGGCCUGAGCCGGAUGGAGAUGCAGGUAGUCAAAGCUUACGUGGACGAAAUGUUGGGGAAAGGCUUCAUACGCCCCAGUUCAUCACCCUACGCAGCUCCACUACUAGUCGUCAAGAAACCUGGUGGUGGACUGCGCGUCUGUGUGGAUUACCGGGAGCUCAACGCCAAGACAGUGAAAGAUCGCAAUGCCCCGCCCGUCAUCAAAGACACCAUGGCCCGUCUCGCGAAAACUCAAUUCAUGACCAUCCUCGAUAUCAUCCACGCUUUCAAUACGAUCCGUAUCAGGGAAGGCGACGAAUACAAAACAGCGUUCCUGACCCGUUUCGGACUCUUCGAGUAUGUUGUCAUGCCUUUUGGACUAUGCAAUGCCCCCGCUACCUUCCAACGUUACAUCAACGAUAUCUUGCACGACAUCUUGGACGAUUUCUGCACUGCCUAUAUCGACGACAUCCUGAUAUACAGUGAGAACGAGGAAGACCAUGACAGACACGUGGACAUUGUUCUCUCGCGGCUGGGAAAAGCCAACUUGUUCCUUGACAUAGACAAGUGCCAGUUCAGCGUUAAAAAGGUCAAAUACCUCGGCAUGAUAAUCUCCACGGAUGGCAUUAGCAUGGACCCUGCCAAGGUCAGCGCAAUCCUCGAAUGGGAACAGCCGCGAUGCGUACGCGACAUUCAGUCGUUCAUCGGGUUCGCCAACUUCUAUCGCCGAUUCAUAACGGGCUUCUCCCACAUCGUGCGACCCUUAAUCGAGAUCAUUAAAAACGGCAACAAAGUCACCCAGUUUCCCUUGCCGCAGGAUAGCCCCGCUAUUAUCGCAUUCGAAGAGCUGAAGAAGCGCUUCACUGAGGCUCCAGUACUCGCGCAUUUCGACCCAGACUUACCAUGUUGGGUGGAAACUGAUGCGUCCGAUUAUGUCAUCGCAGCAGUACUCUCACAGAUGCACGAAGACGGACUCCGCCCAGUCGCAUUCCUCUCUCAGAAAAUGACACCUGCUGAAUGCAACUAUGAGAUUUAUGACAAAGAGUUGCUCGCCAUCGUUCGUGCCUUUGAAGAGUGGCGGCCAGAGCUGGUGGGAACAGAGGACCCGGUUCAAGUGCUCAGUGAUCAUCAAGCCUUGCAGUACUUCAUGACAGAUAAGAAGCUCAACAGACGCCAAGCACGAUGGUCGUUGUUUCUGGCAGAAUUUAAUUUCAAAAUCACAUAUCGCCCAGGACGGCUUGGCUCAAAACCGGACUCUCUCACCAGGCGCCCAGGAGACCUACCCGGAGACAACGAUGAACGAAACAAACACCAGGUGCAGUCACUGUUGAAACCUCACCAAGUCGUCGACCACACCGUCACUCACACCCUACACAACCAUCUUGACGGUGGAUCGCAUCCUGCAUUGCAUUACGCAAAGAUAAUCAACAACGAAUAUGCAGCACCGGUUACCCAACUUGCAUCCCUAGUAUAUCAUCUCAGCGAGACCUCGCCGACACCCCGACCUGAGCCUGAGAGGAGACACAGUGAAUCUCAUGGCAAUGAAGGUGCGCAUACCGCAGUUACUGCCGUACUCGCAACGGACGUGUUAGCCGCUGCCACGGAGUCCAUGAGGAGAUACAGUGAAUCAUUGGACGAUGAUGAGGCCGGACCCGUGCAAACGGCAGCCGGACCGCAGCAGGACUCAAACGAGAUGGAUAUACACAAGGAAAUCAAGUUGGCAUACAACGAGGAUGAGAUUGUACAGUCCAUAAUGGAUGCGAAAAGACGUGGAGAUCGACGGAUACCUUGGCACUUGAUCCAUAGGGAAGGCAUCCGUAUCGAACUUAAGGACUGCACACUACAAGAUGGGAUGCUGUACGUCAAGCACAGGUUAUAUGUGCCCGAUGCGCGCGAUGUCCGUACGAAGCUCUUACAUCACGUACAUGCAUCGCUACCGGGAGGACACGCAGGGAAACACGGGACAUUCCACAAGGUGUUCCUCCACUAUUACUGGCCCAACAUAACAAGUUCAGUUUCACAGUUUGUAAAAGGAUGCCAGACGUGCAAACGUUCAAAGGCCUUCCGAGACGGCAAACAUGGACUCCUCCAUCCACUUGCCAUUCCGGACCGCUACUGGUCAAGCAUCUCCGUGGACUUUAUCACCCCUCUUCCAGAGUGCCACCGCCAUGGUGCGACGUACAAACACAUCAUGGUUGUUGUUGAUCGUUUAUCUAAAACCAAGCGCUUCGUGCCGUUGACAUCCAUCGAUGUUGAAGAUGUGGUACAGGCAUUUAUCGAUUAUAUCUGGAGACAAGAAGGAUACCCGGACGAGGUCAUCAGCGACCGAGGCUCGCAGUUUACGUCACACUUCUGGAAACGAUUGUGUCAAAGGCUGGGCACAACACCCAAGUUGUCCACCGCUUUCCACCCAGAAACUGAUGGACAGACGGAGAACGCAAAUGGCUACCUGAAACAAUACCUGCGAGCAUUCUGCGCGUACGACCAAGACAACUGGGUAGACUUACUGGCGACCGCGGAAUUCGAGGCCAAUAUGACGGAGAGUGCGUCCACCAAGCUACCACCCUUUCUCGCGACAAAAGGCUAUCUGCCGAAAACAGGGUUUGAACCACCUACGCCAAUAGACAACACCAGUUCUUACCCUACUAAACGAGAGAUGAAGUCCGCUGAUCGGCUGAUCGACCGAAUUACGGAACUCAAGAAAUAUUUGCACGAGAACCUGUCUUGGGCCCAACAAAGACAAAAGGAGUACGCGGACCAAAAGAGAUUGCCUGCGCCUGAAUUCCGUGUGGGAGACCAAGUCUGGGUCGAUGCACGUAACAUGAGGACGGACAGACCCAGCCAAGGUUUGUCGUACAAGAACGUUGGACCGUUUGAGAUCACCAAGGUGCACAACAACGCCGCAUAUGAGCUCCAGCUUCCCCCCGAGAUGAAGAUGCAUCCAGUGUUCCACCCAUGGCUGCUGCACUUACAUACAGAUGGCCUCCCCAAUCAACAACAAGACGGACCAGGACCAGUGCGCAUGAACGAUCAGGGCGCAGACUCCCCAGUCUAUGAAGUCGCCGCCAUCCUUGACUCACGCAUGGACCGCGCGGGCCAGCUCCAUUACAAGGUGUUAUGGCAAGGCUACCCCAAUGAUCCCACCUGGGAACCAUACAAACACCUGGUAGGAUCUGAAGAAUUACUAGGCAGGUUCCACAGUCGGUACAAAAGGAAAUCCGGCCCCGCGUCAGACUGGAAUGACUUGCCAGGAGCGACCGAGAUUUGGGUUGAGACGUCCACCAAGGAUUAGCAACAGCCCUCUGCACACGACGCAAACAGCCUGACUUACACUGACGGGUCCAGGCGACAUAGGGGAGACAUGGAACCUAUUGAACCUGCACCGACUGCAGGAGAUGAGAACAGAUGCUUACUAGCCGAUGUGUGCAGAGGACUACUGCUAACCGUGAUAGACGCCGACACCCUCCUCCCUGUCCGCCACCCAUCCAGCAACGAUGUUCAUUGCAGAUUGCGAUCCGACAAUUAUCAAGCCACUGGAAAUAUUCACGCGAGCUCCAGCCUACGCCUCCCGCAAACGAUUACGCGACAAAUGUGCGACCGACGACUCGACCGACGACGCGACCGAUAGGAAUAAAACGACAGUUGAAGGUCAGGUUAGGGCACUCUUGGACAAUGACAAAGCGGGAUAUUUAUGGCGACACUGCACUGCAGUCAAUCCCAGGCAUGUACCUAGUUUCUUCUCUUUCUCUCACU